AAAGUCCCCAAGUACCAGUCAAUCACUCAACAUCUAGAGGCUUCGAAAAAGAAGUGAAAAUGCGUAUCUUCACCCGCCUCCUCUACGCCGCCCCAUCGAACAUGGGCUCGGCCGCGAGCCUCAGCGAAGCCCUCGCCCUCCUCCCGCCCAUCCCGCUCUACCGCCGCAUCCUCCGAGUACACCGCAAGAAGCUCGAUCCCGAGAUGCGCAUCCUAGGGGACUCAUAUGUGAAGAGCGAAUUCCGCGCCCAUCGGGGAACGGAGAAUCCGUUGCAUAUCAUCGGGUUCCUUACGGAGUGGCAGCUUUAUGCGCAGAAGCUUGAGGGAGAUUCGUGGAUUGGUGAGAAGCUGGAUCAGGGCAAGUUGGAUAAAAUGAGCGACCAGCAACUCGGACAGUUGUAUGAGUUGAUGCAGACGAUCCAGAACAAAGAUGGGAAAGGUGAAGGAGAAGGGGAGAGCGAGAAGUAGUGCUGCCAGGUGCUUCUAU